AUGCGAGUACAACUCCAAAAUGAUCCGACAGCAAGAGUAUUUUCGCAGCAACUAUUAGAUAUUGGAAACGGUGAAGUGGAAUUUAAUCAAAAUACCCAAUGUAUAAGAUUGCCAGACAAUUUCUGUAUCGUUGUUGAAACUAAAAAUGAUCUGAUCGAGACUGUCUUCCCAGAUAAAAUAAAUAACUAUCUAAAUCACAAUUGGCUCAGUAAUCGUGCUAUUUUGGCAGCAAAAAAUGUUGAUGUAGAUCUUAUUAACUAUCAGAUACAACAAUUAUUACCAGGCGAUAUAAUGUCGUUUAAGUCAAUCGAAGCUACUGUCGAUAAAGACAAGGCAGUGAAUUUUCCAAUUGAAUUUUUGAAUUCUUUAGACAUAUCAGGAAUGCCACCACACAAUCUUCGGUUAAAAAUUGGAUCACCGAUUAUUCUUCUGCGUAAUUUGAACCCCUCUUUAACUUGCAACGGUACACGUUUGGUAAUCAAAAAAAUCACCGGAAAUGUUUUCGAAGCAACUAUUUUGGCAGGAAAGUUUAAAGGUGAAAUCGUUCUGUAA